AUGGAGGAAUUGGAAGAGGACAAUGAGGGCGCCGGCUCAGAUGACACAACAGCUGAUGCAAGCAGAUCAAUGCAGCUAAAAUCAAUCUGGAUCACGCUUGCUAACCAUUUGCGCCGGUUUGCCGAGUUUUUCCUUUACCUCAUCUCCCCGCUCUCCACCCAAAAAGGCUCCGACAUGAAAUUCCUGGCCCCACGGGAGGUAGAGGAGAUCAAAAUUCUACGGAAAGAGAGCAAGAAGUUGGCCAAAGAGGUACGCGGCUUGCGGGAAGAACCGGCCCGCCUGAGUGCUGUGCAGAAGGAGAACAAGAAGGAGCAGGAGGACCUGCUCGUGUUGCUCAAGGAUGCAAGCAGUAAACAACGCAGAGAUAAGCCUUUGAUGCGCAAAAGGGGCCUUGAGAUCCUCAAGUUAAAACCCAAGGAAUUAGAUAGCUUUUAA